AUGGGCACCCGCCAUUCCCACGCCGCGGCCGAUGCCGACACCGCCGCCAGCAGUGCAUCACCGGCGCCAGCGCCGCGCGCGCACCGACCCGGGCGGCCCCGGCGGGGGCUGCGCGCGUGGGGGCGGAGCAUCAAACGCCGCGUGCGCGGAUGUUUUGGACUGGAGCCAGCUCCGAGCAUCCACCCGGCGGUGGCGCCGGUCAUAGAGCGCAAGAAGACGGCCAGCGACUUAGCGGGCCACCGCAGCUAUCGCGCGCUGGUAACAGAAGCCGAAGCCGGCGGAGUGCUUCACCAAAUUCAGCUGGAUGUGGCUCGGACCUUCCCGGCAAUCCCUGCCCGAAGCGGAACUUGGGGUUGGCCGGAGGAUGUGUCCGAGGUGGAGCGUGAAGGGUGCUUAGCUCGUGUCCUCAUGGCCUUUGAAUGCCGGGCGUUGGAUUCCCUGGGGCCCCGGCCAGACCGCCGUGCGCCGGGACUUCCCAUGUUGCUGAAGAUCCGACGUUCCUGGUGCGGUCCUGGGGACAGUGCUGACGCGGUGCGGGCACCAUUGAUGCGCCACCAGCAGAUUUGGCUCAAGAGAGCUGUGCCGAAACCGGCCUCAAGGUCCACAAUGAGUCAGGCGAACUAUCCCAUCUUUGAUGGUGAUGAGAGAUCCAGCCUUUUGAAGAAAGUGCAGACCAAGGAUGAUUUCCGUGCAAAGAAGUGGCGGUGCGUGACUCACCCCGUCCGCGCCUUUGAGACCUUGUCGCCCUACGCAGUGCUGGGGGUGGGCAUCAUGGCUGCACGGGACCUCACGGAGCGCGAAUCGGGGUUCUUCAACACCGACACCACUCCGGAUCCCUAUGUGCAGGUGAUUCUUGAUGACACGGAGCUGGAGAAGUGCAAGACCCUUCCAGCUCGGAGGAUGAAGGAGCCCACCUGGAUGUAUCAAUGUGAAGUGGACGUCUUGGCACCCACCUCCAUGGUGCGCAUCCAGGUGAAGGAUGAUCGCCCCACCGAGAAGGCGGACAUCGGCUUCUUUGACGUGUGCUUGGGCGACAUCCCCUAUGACAAGGCCAUUGAGGGCUGGUUCGAGCUGCGUUUCCAGGAAAGUCUGUUGAUGACCAGCGUUCAGCGCUACCAGCAGCAUUGUGAGAUGAGGGAGGAGACCUUAACGGAAGAAGAGGCCUUGAGGAAGAAGAAGGAGCAGGCUUCGGCCCCAUCCGUGGUGCCCGCGGCAGACCCAGACGACAAACAGACCAAGCUGGUUACCAAGACCCAGCUCUAUGCGGAGAGCAAAGAUAGGGCCUUAGAUGCGUUCCAGGCCUGUGUGCACUCCACCGCAGAUAUCUCCGACCAGAUGGGCUUGGAAACCAUCAGCAAGAGCUUGAGGGAAGGUGGCCGCAAGAAGAGGAGCAACGCCGGGGAGGUCUACAUCUCCUUACGGUUGAAGCUCCUGGUGAGCAGGUUUGACAGCCUCUUUGCUUAUGCCAUGGACGCCCCAGCCCCCGAGAAUCUGGGUGGCCUGAAACAAGAUGUGAAAAUCACCCGCAAGAUCGAUGUCCAACGUGUCUAUGACGACAUCAUGGAGGUGAAGGUCAGAGUCUUGGAUGAUGCGGUGCUUUGCUGCGUCUAUGGCUUCCGGUACCUGGUGACCUGGCGCUCCCUGCCGCUGUCGGCCAUCUACCUGGUGGGUCUGCUGCUCUGCUGUUGGAAGACCUACCUCACCUGGGCCAUCAUCCCCCUGCUUCUGGCCAUCUCCUUGAUCGUGAACCGCUUCCCCUCCGCCCGCAGCUACAUGACGCGUGGCGGGCAGAAUGCUGCGCUCACCGAGGAGGGCUUCAAACACACGGCGGCCUGGCGCGACAGCGGGGAGGUGCUGAAGUACGUGACGCGCGUGUUGAAGGAGGACAUGAAGGCCAAGUUGACGGAUCCACGACAACUGAAGACCUUCGCCUCCCAAGCAGUGCGCGACGGCCAGCCAACGCUUACCUUGGAACAGCUCCGGCUGGCGCUAUCCGCGGCGGACUUCGUGGAGAUGGAAGAGCAGUACUUCCGAAAGGGCGAUUUGGUGUGGGUCAACGGCCGCUUUCCAGCCAAAGUGGAAUCCACUGCUGGUGACCCCUCGGCCGGCACGGAUCGGGUGCUGGUGACCUACGAGAAGAGUUUGGUCAUGGAAGAUCUGCCGCCCGAGGAGGUGAGGGGUCGGCAGGUGACGCUCCGUGCAGAUGGGCUGCCCAACUUGGAUCCCUUGAGGAAGGUUCCUGGGGGCGCUGGCAUAUUGGACUCAGCCAUUGAAGCUAUUUAUCCCAUCAUUGAGGAUGUGAGACACCUGAGCCUCCCCGGCAUCCACCAGUUGACGGAAAUCUUUACCUGGAAGAAAUCCACCGUGACCACAAUCAUGGUGGUAGUUCUUCUGAUCAUCUCCUCCCUCUUCGGCUAUGCUGCAUGGCUUCACCGCACCUCGGGGCAGAAUGGCAACCUGUCGCGAAAGGAGGAAAUCUUGAUUUCGGUCCUGAGGAGUCUGGACAACUGGGUGGCUGCUUUGAUCAUCGUGGGCAUUUUUUUUCUCCAAGGCUGGUUCAUGGCCAAUGUCUCCUCAGUGAUCAAGAUUGCCAGUCGCUCCACGAAGGGUCGCCCGGCUCCUGCGACAUGGGCCUUCUUCACGCCAGAUUCGGUCCAGGCAGAUUUGCUGAGGAGCCUUGCAGCAAAGGAAGCAGACAUGCAUCCCCAUGGCGGUUUCCAUUUGCCCUACAUGACGGGCGACGGCUCCAGUGCCAGUGCUUCCUACGCAGCGGGCGAUCCAGUGCCAACGUAUGUGCAGGGAUGUAGCAUGAUGGCAGCCAUGUGCUUGGGCUUCACGGCUGGCAGAGAAGAAGAAGGCUUCUGGCUCUUCACUUACCUCAUGGAGGACAUCCUGGGCCCGGACUUCUUCAGCCGGCGCCCGGCCAUGUUGGGCUACCACGGCGAUAAGGCGGCGCUGGCGCAGUUGGUGGCCAGCAGCAUGCCGCAGCUGGCGGAACGCAUGGGAACCACGGGGCUGGCCGAGUGUGUCUCGGCGCUGGCCGCGCGGUGUCUCCUCUCGGGCUUUGUGGGUUUCCUGUCGGGCGAGCCGUUGGUAGCCCUUUGGGAGGAACUCCUAACGAGUCCUUGGGUAGACUACCCCCGACUGCCGCUGCUGCUGUGGUUCACUGGCCUGGUACAGCACGCUGAGCAGCAGUUGCAGGAGGCUUCAGGCGACGAGUUGGUUCCCAACUUCUUUCGCACGGUCCAAGCCACCAGCCGUGCGCUGCCGGACGGCUGGCGCCCCGUGCUGCCGUUGUCGGCGGACCGUGCGGCGGAGCUGCAGCAGGUGUCGCUGCUGGCGGCGGAGAAGUACCGCGAAGCGCAGGAGGAGAUCCACUGCAAGGAGAUGCAUGCCAAACAGGUGUCCGCAUCCCUGGAUCGUUCCGCAGCCCGGCUGGCGGAUGCGCUGAAGCUAGCGGAAAACCUCAGCGGGGCCCAGGAAUGA